AUGUAUGAUGCAGAUGGCUUCACACCAUUGCACCAGGCAACUCCCGCGCCCAACAUCGACGCAUGCAAUGCUGCUGGAGUGUCCGCCCGGGAGCUCAUCGAGGCAGCCAUGCAGGCACAGGAAGUCCGGGAGCACCAGGCGAAGAGGCGGCGGGUGGAAGCAGAGGAGCGCAGCGAGUGGGAGAGGCUGAUGGGCGAGGACGGCCCGCCGGACGACUGGGACGAGCCGCAGACGCGCUAUGAGUCCGGCGAUGACUGGGACCAGCGCCUGCGCGAAGAGGGCGCUGCCGACAACGGCGCAGACGGCUGGGGCUGGUCUGGGGGGGACUGGGACUGGGGCGGGGGCGGCUAUGGCGGUGCAGCUGAGGCAGAGAUGGAUGAGGACGAGUACGCGCAGCGCAUCUGGGAGCGCAUGGAGCAGCGCAAGCGCGCAGCCUCCGGGGCCAGCGCCGCCGCGCGCCAGCAGUGGGGCAAAGCUGACGAGGCCUCCGCCCGCCGACAGGCAUUUGCGAGGGAUGCAGAGGAGCGGUCCAGGAAGAUCUUGGAGGAGGAGCAGGCAAAAGAGGCUGCCUGGCGGCAGGCUGUUCUUAAGGGCAAUGUGGGUGCGAGGCGUGCGCGGUACGAGGCGGGCUGGCACACAUUUGUCACGGCAAUUGCGGCGGGGAAGACAGGUCUCAGAUACUCUGAGGUGCCGUGGCCAGCAGAGGACCCCGAGGAUGCCAAGGCCAUCCUUCUGUAUGGCACCGCUGAUCCUGCAGAGGUGCGAAAGAGGAUUAGGCAGGAGCUGCUGCGAUGGCAUGAGGACAAGUUUGCCAAGUUCAAGGAUCGGCUGGCGCCCACAGACAGUCCACGCAUCCUGGUUGGAGUCAAAGGAGUCACCCAGAUGCUAAAUGACUUGGCCAGCACAAAUGUCUGA